CGACCAGUUUGAUAUCGUAGUGCUCCACUCGAGCACGCUUCUCCCUUUCCUGUGAGAGCCAGGAGAAGCGAAACCGUGCACACGGGUCGGCGAAGAGAUCUCUCUUCCCUCCGUAGCCCUGCCCGGCUGGAUCGAAUACUAGGCCGCUAGCGGUAGGGUUCCGCCUGUUCAGCUGGCCGUUCGCAGGAGACGCCCCCACAGUCCAACAGUUUCGCCGGCGAGUUGUGGUCCAUCGGCCUCAAUUUCUUGCUCUUCUACCAAUAUGAGCGCCUCCGGUGGUAACUCGGACUUUUUGAGGAGCCCGGCUGGUUCGACCAUCGGAGGAAACGGUUCUGGAAGUAGCUCUAGGAGAUACGGCUUGCCGUUCUCGACUUCGAAUUUGAUCCAGGCUCCGUUGUCUGCUCUGCUGGAGUACUCUGGGAUUCUUCGACCAAGAUCAAGCCACCUUGAGAGUGAGAAUUUGAUCGGCCGUGGAAUCAUCGCCGGCACAGGGGAGCGCGGUACCGCUCAGGUUGAUGAAUCCUUCGUCACCGAUAGCAGCGGUGGGGAAGUAUCCAUUAGGAUCUUUGACAUUGGCGAUCAGGAGAAUCCAAGAGCGAGUACCGGUAUUCCACAGUCUUUGCCUGUUGGCCUGAUAAGGGAAGGCAGUGUUGGAGAUACUGAUGUCUCUGUGGACCGGAUGCAUACGGUCUUGGAGAGACAGAGAGAAGAGGGAACGAGUAGUGAUGCUGGAGUUGGGUUCUCCUCAUUUGCUGGAGCUACGCCAUCUCCAUCUGUAUCGGGUUUUGGGGGCCAGAGCGUGGAAGGGGAAGGAAAUGUAGCAGGAGUUAAUAGUAGGGAUUCUCCAUACCAGAGAUACGAUAUACAGCAGGCUGCUAGGUGGAUUGAGCAGGUCCUUCCAUUCUCGCUGCUUCUGUUAGUAGUUUUCAUUCGACAGCAUCUGCAAGGUUUCUUCAUUACGAUUUGGCUUUCUGCUGUAAUGUUCAAGUCAAAUGAUUUAUUGCGUAAGCAGACAGCUUUGAAGGGAGAGAGGAAAAUUUCAGUACUUGUUGGAAUUGCAGUAAUUUUCACCUUUCAUGUGGUUGGAGUGUAUUGGUGGCACAGCAAUGAUGGGCUGCUUUAUCCGCUGGUUAUGCUUCCCCCAAAAGAAGUUCCACUGUUUUGGCAUGCAAUAUUUAUCAUUAUGGUGAAUGAUACUAUGGUACGUCAGGCAGCUAUGGCUGUGAAAUGCGUCCUGUUAGUGUAUUAUAAGAAUAGUAGAGGCUGCUACUAUCGAAAGCAGGGUCAAUUGCUAACCAUUGUGGAAUAUCUAGUACUGUUGUAUCGAGCAUUAUUACCAACACCAGUUUGGUAUCGUUUCUUCCUGAACAAGGAAUACGGCAGCCUCUUCUCCUCCCUUACCACAGGGCUGUAUCUAACUUUUAAGCUAACAUCUGUGGUUGAAAAGGUUCAAUCCUUUAUGGCAGCAGUAAAGGCUUUGUCACGGAAAGAAAUGCAUUAUGGAUCUAAUGCCACAGUAGAACAGGUCAUUGCAGCUGGUGAUCUCUGUGCUAUCUGCCAGGAGAAAAUGCAUGCUCCUAUCCUUCUCCGGUGUAAACACGUUUUCUGCGAGGACUGCGUUUCUGAAUGGUUUGAGAGGGAACGCACAUGCCCUCUGUGCCGGGCACUUGUGAAGCCCGCUGACCUUCGAUCAUUUAGCGACGGUUCAACCAGCCUUUUCUUUCAGAUUUUCUAGCUAACAUGCUUAAAGAAGAGCUACACUUCUCUGAUGAUUUUAAAUUCUUUGAAUUGAUUUUGAAAGAAGUGCAAUAUAUAAGUAAUUUAUAUUGUACUUAUCUCAAAACAAAUUCAAAAUUUUUAAAAUCUAUCUUUAUCAAAAAUUUGAUGAGCAUGUCCUGAUCAAAUUUUUUUACCAAGAUAGAUGAUCCUAAUAAUUGCUGGAGUGCUCCCAUGAAAUGCUGGGGAGGCUUUAAAGUGCUGCAAGUUCUCUGUAUUCUGCAUGUACUCUGCCAUGUCUGCAGCUGUAGCAAAUCUGGUAGAGAUGUUUAUUAUUAACUGUACAAAGAAAAGUAAAUUAACAUCUGCGAGUCAAAGAACAGAUCAAAAGUGAAAAAUUAAAUAUAUUUUUUUCUCGGGAAUGCUAUUUUCUGUACAUGUAUCUUUGAAAUGCAGAUGAAGAAGAAAAUAAAUUAAUUUUAUUUGAAUGAAAUGCAGGUCUCCUGUGAUUUUUA